GGGGGCGAACCGUGAAGAUGGCGGCAGUGGUGGAGGUGGAGGUUGGAGGAGGCGCUGCUGGAGAACGGGAGCUGGAUGAGAUCAAGUUCUGAGCUCCUUAAGAAGAAAGGGUGCUUCCAACAGAAGUAUCAUUCACUGCUAUGGUUGAUAUGUCAGACCUCUCCCCAGAGGAGCAAUGGAGGGUCGAGCAUGCACGCAUGCAUGCCAAACACCGUGGCCAUGAAGCCAUGCAUGCUGAAAUGGUCCUCAUCCUCAUCGCAACCUUGGUGGUGGCCCAGCUGCUCUUGGUGCAGUGGAAGCAGAGGCACCCUCGCUCCUACAAUAUGGUGACCCUCUUUCAGAUGUGGGUUGUUCCCCUCUAUUUCACAGUGAAGCUGCACUGGUGGAGGUUCCUAGUGAUCUGGAUCUUGUUCUCUGCUGUCACAGCCUUCAUCACCUUCCGAGCCACUCGAAAACCUCUAGUACAGACAACCCCAAGGUUGGUUUAUAAAUGGUUCCUGCUGAUCUAUAAAAUUAGCUAUGCCACUGGCAUCGUUGGCUACAUGGCUGUCAUGUUUACCCUCUUUGGUCUUAACUUAUUGUUCAAGAUCAAACCUGAAGAUACCAUGGACUUUGGCAUUUCUCUUCUCUUCUAUGGCCUCUACUAUGGAGUUCUGGAGCGGGACUUUGCAGAAAUGUGUGCAGACUACAUGGCGUCUACCAUAGGGUUCUACAGCGAGUCGGGCAUGCCUACCAAGCACCUUUCGGACAGCGUGUGUGCUGUGUGUGGGCAGCAGAUCUUUGUGGACGUCAGUGAAGAGGGCAUCAUCGAGAACACAUAUAGGCUGUCCUGCAAUCAUGUAUUCCAUGAGUUCUGCAUCCGUGGCUGGUGCAUUGUGGGAAAAAAGCAGACGUGUCCCUACUGUAAAGAGAAGGUAGACCUCAAGAGGAUGUUCAGCAAUCCCUGGGAGAGGCCUCAUGUCAUGUAUGGGCAACUGCUGGAUUGGCUUCGAUACUUGGUAGCCUGGCAGCCUGUCAUCAUUGGCCUGGUGCAAGGCAUCAAUUACAUCCUGGGUCUCGAAUAGCAGGAGGAACGUCAGUGAAGAACCCACCCAACCCGCCAUGGACCUCAGGGCACUCUUCUUCCUGCCCACAAAGACCUCCUGGGUGGGAAAGACUCAAAGGGGUGCUUGGGCCACUCAGGACCCUUCCGGCUGUGUCCGGGCUGGGGAGGGAGAUGAUGGAGAGCCAGCCAGUGGGGCUGUCAGCAGUGGGGGGCUUUUUAAAAGAAAACUAUUUUGAUGAAUAUAUUUAAAAACCUUUUUUAUUGUGCAGCAUAGGAAUUGCCCCCCUCCAGGCCUCACCCUCCCUGCUUGAGCAGGGUGGCAGCAGAGCUGUGACAGUUUGGGUUUAAAGGAAACAUCUCACCUCAGGCUGAGAGCACUGGUGGGUUCUAAGGUAGCUGAGACCUCAGCCCACAUACUCCCCUUCCCUGCCCUCUGUGGGGCUCAAGCCUGGUACACUCAGUGUAGAAGAGCUAAAGAGCUCAGACUGGUGCCAUAGGUGAACGCUGAAGGGUGGGGUGUCUCCCCUCCCCUGCCGUCUGGGACACAGGAUGGGUAUUGUGUCUGUCUCCCCCUGCCCGGGAGCUAUAGGCUGGAUAAGGCAAGUGAAACCUCAUCUGUGCCACUUCCAACAAGGGAAGUUCUGGGGCCUUGGAAUUCAUUGAAGACUUGGGACAACUGGAACAACCAGCAACCUGGGUAACCUGCCCCUGAGCAGGGCUGUAGUCAGCCGAGAAUAGAUGCCAUCUAUAUAUAGUUGGGCCAUGGGGGCUACUGUUGGCAGCAGUGAUUGUGGGCCCCUUUUGCAAGCUGACCCUUCAGCCCAGGAGUGGUGACAUGUGCCAAACACCACUGCCACAUCACUUCCUUCCUGAAAGCCUGAGUGAGUGUGUGUAUGCGCAUGCAUGUACGUGUAUGUGUGCACGCGGGUGGCAGAAGGACUAUGACAAAUGUCAACUUCUCCAUGUUGUCAGAUAAUGUGCCUUUGAAGCUGGCAGGGGAUUCCCAGCCCAGGGAAUAUCCCUACAUGAGCUUCGUCAUUCAAGCGUCCCGCCUGGGCCUGACAAAAGGAGUGGUGGGCAGGUGGGAAGAGGGAUAAGGCCUAGGUGAGUAUGAUUGUGAAAAGGGGCUUCCAGGCAGGACCCGGCUCUGGUCCUAGGAGUUUUGGAGAAAGUAGGAGGGCAUACAAGGGCCUUCGGCUCUGGAUGUCUAGGGAAUAUGGCCCAAUAGGGCCUGCCCCUUCAAGGUCAGCAAGAAUCAAGCAGGAUCUUGUCACUCCCAUCUGAAUAAAGCUCCAUGAGCUGGGUUG